AUGUCUGGCCUUGUGAAGAAAACAUUCAUCCCCGGAAGGGGCGAAUGGAAACUGGCAUACGACUUGUUCAGUCCCACGUCAAUCGGAUCCAAUCCUCCAUUGGUAUUGUUGCAUGGCUUACUGGGAAACCGAAAGCAGAAUCGUCAUGUUGCAAAAAUCCUAGCGCAUAGUCUGCAGACACCCGUCCUUAUUCCCGACCUAACCAACCACGGUGAUUCUUUUCACCGCAGUGCGCACAGUAAUGCGCUUAUGUCUGAAGAUUUAUUCAACUUGCUGAAAUCUCCUGCGAUCGACCCACAGUAUUCCGGUGGCUACGUUCUGAUUGGACAUUCAAUGGGUGGAAAAGCAGCGAUGUUUCACGCAGUAAACCACCCCAAUGAUGUAUUGGGCGUUGCUUCUGUCGACAAUGUGCCAUACAAAAAUCCCAUCGAAGCUGACUCGGAGUUCGCUCGAUUUGAUCGAUUCUUCACCUAUGCUAAGGAAACUUUACCGACUACGUUUUCGAACUUAGCUGAAUUGGAUCAGAAGUUGAAGGAAAUUGAACCAGAUAAACGUUUCCGACAACUUCUUGCUAGCAACUUCAAAAGAAGUAAACUCUCAAAAGCCAUUGAAUGUAAAGUUCCAAUCGAGGUUUUGCAGCAGUCAUUGGAAAGCCUGAAAGUCUUGGAAAUUGAAGACUCUCUCAAAUAUUAUGGACCUCUACUGAUCAUCAGAGCAUUGAAAAGUCCUUUCGUUGGCGAGAUCGACCACGAGAAAGUCUCCGAUCACUUCCCAAACUAUUCCACGCGUGAUAUCAACACUGGUCAUUGGGUGAUUACCGAGGAUGGUCCCGGAUUCGUAACGAUUAUUGAUCAAUGGAUCAGAAAUCAAAACCUCGGAAAUCAUCAGCAGUAAUCCCGAAGCAUGUUUACAAAUCAGGUAAUUUUCUGAUCGAUAAAAAAAAAUUUACCCAAGAAAAAUGGCUUUCUACCGUUGAGCAAGAAAUAUUCUAGAUUCUUAUUUCACAUUAUGACCGACCGGCAUUCCUCUGACCUAGUCUCAAUAGACUCAGAGGUCUCGAGGGACCAUGACAAACCUGUGGGUUUGACUGAAGACAAUCAAGAAAAUCAGCAGAAUGACGGAAGCGGUGCCUCACUGGCGGCCUCCUUAACGAAACUUUCGUCGUACAAACUUGACAAGUCAAAGAUAGUACCCAGGGAGAAACGGCGAGGGCUGUUCUCUGCCUUACUUUUAAUCCCUGAAUACGAUAACCCUCGUGAACUGCCCCAGAUGAUAAAAUAUAUCAUAGUGUUUAACGUUGCCUUCUGCGCGAUGAUAGGACCGAUGGGUACUUCUAUCCUUCUUCCAGCUACAGAAAACAUAUGUGACGAACUACAUACUUCUGUUACAAUUGUUAACAUCAGUAUUGGUAUUUAUUUGAUCACUUUGGGAGUUUUCCCGCUUUGGUGGUCAAGCUUCAGUGAGAGACACGGGAGGCGUUCUAUUUAUUUAAUCAGUUUCAUUCUCUACUCUGCAUUUACCGUUGGAUGUGCCUUGUCGAAGUCAAUAGGCAUGCUUAUAGGAUUCAGGGUGUUAUCGGGAGCUUGCGCUGCUAGUGUGCAAGCAGUUGGGGCGGGGAGCAUAUCAGACUUGUAUCCGAUUCAUCAGAGAGGAGCUGCUAUGGGUAUAUUUUAUCUCGGUCCGUUGGCUGCUCCACUACUGUCGCCUAUCGUCGGUGGUGCUAUCACCUCGAGAAAAAGUUUUGGAUGGAGGGGUACCCAAUGGUUUCUAGUGAUUCUGUCAGGAGUUUCCAUUAUCCUUCUACUUUUUGCACAGCCAGAGACGCUUCGACUACAAGAUAAUAGAGAAGCUGUUCGAAAGAUAUUAAGAGAACGUUUGAAGAAAACCCCAGACGAAGAGCAAGGGCUGUCAGACGAAAAUCAGGAGUCAGAUGUACAAGUGGAUCGAGUGUUGUCGCGACUCUCUAGGCAGCCGUCGAGACUCGAAGAGUCAGACCCAGUGGAUACGGUUACUCCCAUAGGGCGUAUAUCCACUCAUGUUUCUCAAAGUCAGCGCCAACAGGAUCUAGAGAGACUGAAACUAGAGAUUGAGGAUUUAGAAAAACCAGAAAAGCAGGGAAAGGUUGCACUAUUCAAGCGAAAUCUAUAUACCCACACUCUCUUGCCAUUAAAGUCUCUGCAUUUUCUGAGGUAUCCACCGGUUUUCUUAGCUAUAUGCUACUCUGCUCCAUGCUUUGCAGUGUUAUACUUUGUCAACAUGACGCUUUCUUACUGCUAUUCUCGACCUCCUUACAAUUUCAACUCCCUUCUGGUUGGUCUUGUCUACAUUCCAAAUUCAGUGACUUACAUUAUAGCCUCGGUCUGGGGAGGCCGAUUCACAGAUUACUUACUUGAGAAAAAACGCCAAAAGUAUGGUAUCGUUGCCCCUGAGGCACGGUUUGGUGUCAACGUCUACUUAGCCGCAGGUAUAUUUCCAUGUUCGCUCCUGAUUACCGGGUGGUGCCUGGACAAGAAAGAGCACUGGGUUACACCAUUAGUCGGAACAGCUCUUUUUGGAUUUGCUCAAAUGAUUGUUAUCGGAACUACAGUCACUUAUAUUGCUGACUCUCUACCUGGCAGAGGUGCCACGGGAAUUGCACUGUCCAAUUUUGUCCGGAUGCUUUUGGCAUCAGGUGCUUCGUUUGCCACAGAACCUUUAAUAAAAGCUCUGGGCACCGGUAUCCUGUUUUCCAUUUUAGCGGGGUGCACUAUCGUUCUCUCGAGCAUUUUAGCCAUACUCAAGUUGCGUGCUGAUUAUUGGCGAGAGACGUAUAAUUUAGAGAGACUUUAUGAUAUAGUGGACGAUUCGUAAUA